UUCGCGCAAUUGGAGUCCCUUGAUGUCAGUCAACAGCAGCUUUGCCACCACCUCUCCUGAUUCUCGUAUCUGCUGCACUUGGCGACCAUAUCGGCCGGCAGGGAAAGAAAUGCCAACGGGAUGAGGGGAUCGUAGGCCAUGUAAAUACAAAACGUAAAACGUUUACGAUUUCAUCGACACAUUGAUGUGCAGUUUGCUUUUCGAUUGUCGCAGUUACGGUCCCAAUCGUAUCCCGUCCGUGUGUUUUAUCCACCACCGUCUCUAGCCUCGGGAAAAUGUACCCGACUAUUCUUGAUUGCAUUUUUUUCGCAAACAAAAGAAGACACCCGAAAAAGCAAUAAAAGAGGACGACAGAAGGAUCGGUCCAGGUGCCCCCACCUCAUGGAGAAGAUUGGCAAGGUGUGGAGUAACCUGAAGAAGGGAUGUCAAUCUCUGCUCCUCACAGAUGGGGGUUCUUGCUUUGAAACGCCACAACAGCUUCAACCGCAAACAGACACAGUAUGCCAGAGUGUGGACAAGGCCCAGGGAGACAGCACACUGGAGGCUGCUAGUCCCUCUAGCAGUGUGGUGGCACUCCCUCUAGUGGCAUGGAGGACCAGUGGGAGUGUGACACGACAGGGCCAUAACUGUGUAGUGGAUGUACCCCAGAUACUAGAGAUCACAGUUGAGCAGGAUACCGAAGAUGCUCGUGCUCCUCUGGGAGUCCGCAGAGACUCUUAUUCACGUCAUGCACCUUGGAGUGGAAAGAAGAGACACUCAUGUUCCACUAAGGCUCAGAGUUCUCUGGAGACCACAGAUCGGCGAUCAGGCCGGUCUCUGCGCAGACAUGGGACUGGUAGCAGCCGUGAGGAACUGGAGUCAGGGGCAGCACGCUCCCUACGGCAGCAGAUUCAUGAUACAGUGGGCCUGUGCCUCCCACUGCGCUCAUCCUCUCGGAACAGUCACCUUCCACCACCCAAACGUAAGAUACAAAUCACAGAGCUGAUGCUGGAGACGUGCCCCUUUGCACCAGGAUCAGACCUUGCCCGAAAAUGGCACCUAAUUAAACAGCACACGUCACCAUUCACAGUGAUACCAGUGGAUUCAUCCUCAGAUGCUUGCGGUGCUGCCUGUGCAUCACCAGAAGAUGAGGAGGAGCGCUUACGCGAAAGAAGACGACUCAGCAUUGAGGAGGGUGUGGACCCACCUCCAGAUGCCCAAAUCCACACAGUGGAGGCCAUCACAGCCCCCCUAGCUUCCCUUUAUAAGCUGGGACCUAAAUUGGCCCCUGGAAUGGGUGAGGCCCUAGGCGAUAGCCGGGGGGCAACAGCAGCUAACUGUGACUCUGAGGACGACGAUACCACCACUCUUUGCUUGCAAGCUCGCAGGCCCAAGCAGCGGCACGCUUCGGCUGAGGGCCUCCUGAGCAGCAAGCAACCGGGCCCUUGGAAAGUACACACUCAGAUUGACUACAUCCACUGCUUGGUUCCAGAUCUGCUACAGAUCACAGCACUUCCCUGCUACUGGAGUGUGAUGGACCGUUAUGAGGCUGAAGCGCUGCUGGAUGGUCGGCCCGAGGGAACCUUUCUGCUGCGAGACUCUGCUCAAGAAGACUACCUGUUCUCCGUUAGCUUCCGCCGCUAUGGCCGUUCGCUGCAUGCACGCAUUGAGCAGUGGAAUCACAACUUCAGCUUUGAUGUGCACGACCCUUGCGUAUUCCACGCAGCCACUGUCACAGCUCUCUUGGAACACUACAAGGACCCUAGCGCUUGCAUGUUCUUUGAGCCAUUGCUCACUGUGCCUCUGCACCGGACCUUCCCAUUUGGCCUUCAAAGCCUUGCUCGAUCAGCCAUUUGCAAUGGGAUCACCUACGAUGGCAUCGGGGCAUUGCCACUGCCCCCUGCUCUGCAGGAUUACCUCAGGGAGUAUCACUAUAAGCAGAGGGUGCGUGUACGCUGGCUUGAGAGGGAGCCAGUCAAGGCCAAGUGAGGCAGGGCAGAUACUUCUCAGCUCUCCAAUAGGAGUAGUCUAUUCAGCACUUUGCAGAGGUGGAGGAAUUACAAUUUUUUUGGUGGGGGGGAAGGGGUUAACUGCUCGGGGUUAGAUGUUUGAAAGGAGGGACCUGAAACUGAACACGAUAUAUAAGCUUCUAUCAUUUUUUGUUAUCACUCUAACAAACAAAGACAUUAUAUAUACAGUGGCUCUCCAGUGUGCACAUUUCACAACCGCUUCUGGACUAGGAUGAAGCAGCAGAGGUCUUAUUCUCAUUUUCCCUACUCCCUCAGUUCCUAUGGCUGUGCUCUAGGGGAAAUCUGCAGAUACAGAUAUUUUCAUGCCCCUCCACUCUUUCACGUCUUGACUAUAUGGUUUAUAGCCAUUUCACUUUUAUUUCUGUUGUCCCGUUCACCUCCCAACCUGUCCUUAAUUUUCAUUGUUCUAAUCUUCAUUGUUUCAUUGUUUGCAUUGUUAAAGCAAGCUUAUUCAAAAUAAUAAUGUGGACAAAUUCUGAGGGGUGGGGAAAUGAAAGGUGAUGUUCAAAUAUAGCUUUUUCGGCUUCUUUCAUCAUCCUUAACUUUCAUGGUGCUCUGUCAGUGGUUCCCAUGGUAACAUUCUGUGCUCAUUCCGUGGUUAGAGGAGGAGGCAUUCUAGAGCAUAGAGCAAUAGAAAGGCUUUCGCCCUGCUCAUAGAGAACGAGACCGAGAAAUCCAUGAAAGAUGGAUUGACCAUAAACUAUGUGUCCAGACAGCUUUUGGGAAUGCGUUGCAGAAGGGCUCUGUGACGUUCUGCUUCCUUGCGCUUCCGGGAAGCGAUAAGGAUGACGUGCACAACCUGACGCGGUGUGAUGUGAGAGCGCUUGGUUUUCAAAAAACAUAGUUACUCACACUCUGCGUUCUGUUGCUGUCAAUAUGUUUUGUAAUCAUGAAUUCCUACCACUAAUUGCACGGGGGUGGGGGGGGGGGGGUGACUUAAUUCCGUAUUGUCUUUUUUGUAUUGUUGUGAAUGGUCUAUCAGUGCCCUGGUAGUUGGGCGAUGAUUUAGAGCACUUUAACUUAACUGUGCUUAUGUUAGUGGGUGCAGCAGAGGCAAUACAUAAACCUGCUACACUGGGACCAUUGUUGUUAGGCAUAAACACCCUCCUAUAUAGGAAUAAACACUCUACGCUCACUUUGUCUAACCCACAUUGUUUUAGAGAGGACAGAGUAAAUUUUGAUGUGACCCCAUCAGUGCCAUUGGAUAUGGGUCAAGCUGGCUUGUUUGGCUUGAUUUUGGGAUGAUUUAAUAAUUGAUGAAUGAUCUGUAUAUUUAGGUUUAUCGGAUUCUUUUUUUUUUUUUAAGCAACUAGGAGGAAGGUUCAGGAUUUAAAUAAUAGAGUAUAAUCACAUUAUUGGCCCCUAGGCCAAGACCAGCUUCGUGAUCACUUUAAAAUCAGCCAUAUCCACACUUAAAAUUCUUGACUAAAUUUGACUUUCAAAUGUCAUAGGUGUUUUUGAUGAAAGCUGGAAAAAGGAUAAGACAGAUUUAUAACUUUUGUGCCGUUUGCCCCAUCUGUUUAGUCUCAAAAAAGACCUAGAUCACUUAAGUAGUGUGCCUUCAUACAUCUAAAGCUUUUAGUUCAUCAUAUGGUGCAUUCAGUGGAUGUGUUACUAACAGUGGUCCAACUGGAAAAGACAUGUUUUCCAUUGACUGUUCCUGCACUGAGUGCCAAUGGCACUGUGAGACAUCCUCUUCAUGGGCCUGGUGCUGAUGUAUGAUGUAUUUUGAGUACUGCUAGGAAUAUGACUAUAGAGUAUCACAUCUUUCUGACUUGUUUUCAGCUGAUGAGAUCAGGUAGAACUGCCAAAUGCUAAGCUCAGGCUCACAGCACCUAAACAGCAGUGUGGUACUGUGCGACUAUAACUAGAUUUGUGUGCUUGUGUGUAUGUGUGUGAGUGUGUUGCACUGCCCCUGACCUCCCUGUCAUGUCAACCAUAAGAAACUUCUGCUGACAUGAAAAGUUGUGUGUUAUCCCAGGCAACACUAAUUAACAAUCUAUCCUAAUGCAUUUAAAGUCGUCUUCCUGCACGUUAUCCUGUCCUGAGUCUUUUUCCUCGCACAAAAAUAGAUGGUCAGGGUCAUCCUAGGAAGAAUUCAAAGACACGAGGAGAGAGCUUUGGGGCGAUGCUGACUCACUACUGUGUGAUUUGAUCUCCUUCACCACCUCUCUUUAUGUAAGGUGUGGGUGAAAUUAGUGCAAUUUAGACAGAUCUUUGGCUUAGAUGGAGGUUGUGAAGCAGGUUUCAGGUUAACAUGGCAUCUGAAAGGGCCAGCUGUCCUGCUUACCGCUCACCUGUAAAAGUGUCAUGCUUGGCUUUGCUCCAGACACUCCUCACUGCACUAACUCAUGAAACUUGACCUGUACCUACCUAUACCUCUGUGUACCAAUUUUUAUCAGGGGUAGAACAUUUGCUCAGUCAGAUUGGGGCUAGACGUAAUGGAUUAAAAUAGAUAUCUAUGUAUCUAUCUAUAUAUAAAUAUAUAUAGAUACAGAUUUUAAAAUGAAAUAUUUUUAAUAUUAGUAACUGUAAAGAAAUGCAAUAAUGUUCUUAGGCUUAGCUCUAAUGGUGACCCAUGUGAAAACUGAUGUGAAUUGUCUGAGAAGUAGGUCCUUUGAACUUGUCUUCAGGUUAGGAUCAUUGUGUUUACAUCAUGACAAAAAACGGAUAUGGUGCAAUGUGUCAAAAAGGUGUGCGAGAGAAACUAUAGAUUAAUGUGACCAAAGGUUUAAGUUUGGUGAAAAAUUGUCAAUUUGAUAGCUUUUAGACACCAUCCUCAUAAAAUUAUUGCAAAAAUGUUCCAAGAUAAACAUUUUCAAAGUUAAACAGGGCCUUGUUUUAGACCCUAAAGGUGCUAAUUGGCUCACUGUAUGGAUUUAUUAACUUUCAGAAGUGCCUUUUCUUAAAUUUACUCACCCUUUCCUCAAGUAACCCAACUUUAGUGGUCCCCAGUCUAGUUAAUUUGCAUGUUGCAGCAAAUUAAAGCAAAACUCCCUGUUGUAGAAAAUGCAACAAAAACAUAUGCAUUAGUUACAUUUUUUUUAAUACAAGUCUGUAGUUGUGUGCCACAAGAAGGUUAAAAAGUUGAAAAUAUCACAAAGAAUUAGUGUACACAACGCUUUUAAUCCCCCAUAUUUUAUUGCCCAAUUUAAAGUCUGGAUUUGCUGUUUAUCUGUUCACCAGAACAAUAUAGUUAAACAUGAUCAGGUGUAUGAUUUUAUCGGUCAAAAUGGAUGGAGACUUUAUCACAGAUCACAAAGCAAGAUGAAAAGUUGUGAUUCUCAGAUGUGAUACGAAGGCUUAGAUUGGCAGUGUGUGGCCUCACACAUGAUAUGCGCCUGUCAGUAGCCUUGUUGCAGUAGCUGAAAUUUCUUUUAGAAAAUGACAAGACUAUGUUCAAAUGUUAGAAAGUCAUUUUGUGUGCAGAGCCUUGCACAUUACCAAUAGGAAAAGUUUUCUGACAAUGUUUUUUGAUAUGUCUCACAAACUAUAGGGAGGUUGUGUUCAGCAACGUUUAGACAGAAAUAAAAGACUGACUGGUUGUCUGAAUUGUAUUAAAUUCUGUUGAAUCGGUUUCAGAUUCAAUAAAUCACAAGCAUCACCAUGGUAACUAUGUUACCGUAAAGCUCUAUAUGCACAUUUGUUUUAGAGAAAGGGGCUGAAGGUGAGGUUUAGGACUGGGUGUCAUGGUGACAGCACUUGACAUGACUUUUGCGCCACCCAUGACCUGCCUCUGUAUUUCUGAUUGGACCCUUGAGACUAGCCCCUCAAAACACUUGCUGAAACAUGCACCAUGGAUUAUCUGGAGUGACGUGGUUAUCACUGUCCCUCACCAUCUUAUAUGUUUCAAUUAUUAUUAUUAUAUUUUUAUACACUGCCCAAGGUUUGUACUGUACAAUGUAAUUACUCGCACUUGAUGUCCUUUCUCUCAUCUUUCCUUCAUUCUCUCUUAUGUACAGUUAAUGGUCCCUACUCCCAGGCUGUUACUAAGUUGCUCUGUUGUAUUAUUUUGUUUGACUUUGGGUUACAGUUUGCUGUUUUUGGGGGGCAGAGGGUUGCAGCUCUGCUUGCCCCUCUUUCACCAGUAUCUGUCACUCUUGGUGCUCUUGGCUUUUGCUUCAUUGUCUUAAUAUUCAAAAAUAAAAGUGUUGUAUGUGUAA